AAACGCAGCCGGGAUCUAGACAGACCUUGGAUUCUCGUCAUUGGUGCGGUUUAGAAAGCGAAGGACUAGCCUCCGCCCAGGUGGAUGCACCGGGAAGGGAGGAUUUCUUCAUGUGCCUGCCACUCGCAUAAAGAAAUUUAGGGAUCAAAAAGGACCUCCGCUUGUAUGAGGACGUGGACUCAACAGGGAUGCAACUCCACAUUCUCAUUCAGGGGUGCUGGUGCGGGGUGGGCUUCCAGGCGGAGUUUGCUUCUGCAUUGCCAAGAGCAGUUUUUGAAGGGGGAGAAGCUGCUCUGCAGCAGAGGUCCUCUUCAUUCCAGAUACACGCGCCAUAACCUUAGCUGGGACCUGCUUCUUCUUCUCCUCCUCCUUCUUCUUGAGGUGCUAAAUAUUUCAGAAACAUGCCACUCACAUUUCAGGCUCCGCCUGAUAGUCGCAUAUCAUCACUAUUGAAUUCCAAGGCAGCAGUAGAUUCUGUACCGAGUAGUUGCCGACGUUUCGUGAGGAGGAGUAGUGCAUCGCCUUUACGGCCAGACUUGGCUCUUUUCUCCUUAUCGCUGACCUCAGGAUUUCUAGCUAGCCGCAGCAUUGUAGGAGGACCACGAACGGUUAGGAAAUGGAAGAGCUCAAAGGUCAGCAGUUAUCACGAAGCCAGCGGGAAAGAAGAACUAGACCAAGACACCUCCAAAUUAGUGCGUCAGGUAGAGAUAGUAGAGGUUGAUCAUGUGGUUUCUCGUGAUCGGCGAGCGGAAUCGUUGAAGGUCGCUGUGUUGGUAGGUUUGGUAGCCUUGCAGGUUUGCUUGCCCGCGGCCGCAGAGAGCCUGGGCAUAGAAGUUGCGCGCUCCAGCGACUCCUCGGGGUUUGCCAUAACUGAUUGGACAGAGUUCGAGAAUGGUUUCUCGUCGGCAUUCCUGCUCAUCUUCUUCUCUGAAAUAGGAGACAAGACGUUCUUCAUUGCAGCUCUCUUAGCAACACGGAAAUCUAACCUCGCGGUAUUCACAGGCACGUUCGGCGCCCUGGCAGCCAUGACCGUUAUCUCAGUAGCACUAGGACGGGCGUUUCACUACAUCGACAACUUAAUCCCGAGCAGUCAGGGAACAGGGCAAUUCCCCUUCGACGAUCUGGCGGCCGUGGUGCUGCUGGUGUACUUUGGUGUAUCAACGCUGGUGGACGCAGUUUCGAUGGAGGGGUCGAAAGCUGAGGACGAAAAGCAGGACGCGGAGCUGGCGAUAGCGGGCGUGGCAGGGGACGGUAAUUUGGGUGUUUCGGCGGCAGCAGCCAGCACGGUGGUAGCGACAUUUGCCCUCGUGUUUGUGGCGGAGUGGGGAGACAAAUCCUUCUUCUCCACCAUUGCGCUUGCGGCGGCAUCGUCGCCACUUGGGGUGGUAACGGGCGCUAUAGCGGGCCACGGCGUGGCGACCAUCCUCGCCGUUCUGGGAGGCAGAUUUUUAAGCGAGUACGUCUCUGAGAAGCUGAUAGCGUACGUGGGAGGCGCCCUGUUCCUGGUCUUCGCCGCUACAACAUUAGUCGACAUUCUCAAGGCGUAGCAAGAUUAGAAGAAACACAGAUCAUGAAUGACCAUGAUCAUGAUCAUCUGUUUGAAUUCUGGCAUUAGCGGUAGUCUUCCUCUUCGGUGCUCAGCCCCGUUCAUUUCAUACAGGUGGGGCAAGAGAAGGUUUAGCACAUUUUUGCAGGAUGAUUGACGAUGGAUUUAUUUAUAUUCAGGCAGGACACAUUCGAUUCUGUCAGCCAGCCACCAGUCCCUCACAA